UAACUACACUCGCUUGAACGGAUCGGUAAAUACCAACCCAAAAUGGUAAAUACCAUUUCCAUUUGGUUAUCCGCUUGAAUUUGAUUUUUAUUAAUUACUUGGAGGUGUUUCUUCUAUUGUUAACUGUUACUUGUCACUUUUGACUUGUGAUCGUCAACAUUUUUCCCGGGAUUUCCAGAAAAGUUGUGGUUAGAAACCAUCCAUCAAAAUGGCGAUAACAUCUAGCCUAGACAUCGUAAAUGGGUCUAUGCUGCCGGCCUAUGCCAACAAAAAAGUAAGCAUUGCUGGGUUCAUCACUGAAAAAGCUCCAAACGGGCUAUGGUUCGAUAUCCGGUCUACAGAUAACCAGAUUGUUAGAAUCAUACUCAAGAGGCCGUUUGAUAAGAAUCUCGAAGGAUAUGUUGAGGUCCAUGGAACCUCUACAGGAAAAGGAGUAACAGCAGAUGAGUACAUCACUUUCACCAAUGAGGAUUUUGAUGCUGCUAUGUAUAAUAAACUCUGUAACUAUCUCAAUACAAUUCCUAAUAUGUGGAGCCUCAAAUAAUUAGAUAUAGUUUGUGUUGUACCCUUAUGUUGUAAGUAUCUAUAAUGUGAUUAAGUUAUUUUUGUACCAAAAUCAUCACCAUUAAGAUAAUGGUUAAUUAUUUUUUAUUGUCUUUCAUUGAUACACAAUAACUGGCAUACAAAUUGUUGCAGUAUCUAAUAAUGGUUCAUCUUAGUGAUGUAACAAAAAAUAUUCUCAUUCGCAGAUAUUCACAUAUUUUUAUAUAUGCAUUCACAAAAUUUCUGCGAAUGUUUUGCGAAUAUGAAUAUCAGAAAAAAAUAUAAUUACUAGAUAAUAGUAGGUUAAUAAAACAAAAUCCAUUCAUAAAUUAUGUUUUUUAAUACAAGAAAAAGUAACUUAACCUGGUAAUCACAUUAUCAGUCUUCACUUAAUCAUUUGGUAUUAUUUAUUUACUUUACUUUGG